CCAAACUUUCCUUCUCGUAUGUAUGUCGAAAACUCUCCUUUCUCGCGUAAUCCCCCGCCACUCAAAACCAUCCAAAACCACCACCGCCGCCGCCGCCGCCGCCGUCCCUUCUUCUCGUAUCAACGAAAUCUGUCAUAUUCUCAAAACCCAAAACCCCCAUUGGGAACAAACUCUCGAAACCCGGUUAUCCCAACAAAACAUCGUCCCAUCCGAUAUUGCACACCAAGUGUUUGAUAAAAUUCACGACGUCCAUUCCGGCUUAAACUUCCUUAACUGGAUAUCCCAAAGACCUUAUGGAUGUUGUCUUGAUAGCCCUGCUUAUUCUUCUCUUUUAAAACUGUUAGCUAAGGGGAAAGCGUUUAUCGAAAUUGAUUCAGUGUUUAUUCGUUUAAAAGAUGAAAAUGUAUUGCCUAGUUGUGACGCCUUAAGCGAGGUUAUUAGAGCUUGUUCGGAAUGUGGGUUGGUGGAUAAAGCUUUUGGGUUUUAUCAAUAUGUAGUGGACAUGUAUGAGUGUGUUCCGAAUGUGUUUGCUUGUAACGCGUUGUUGAGUGGGCUUGUGAGGAAUGAUUGUUUAGAAGUUGCGUUCCGAGUGUAUGAUGAAAUGCUUCGUGGGAAUAAUUGUUGUGCGGAUAAUUAUAGUACUUGUAUAAUGGUGAACGCGCUUUGUAAGAAAGGGGAGGUGGACCAAGGUAGAAAACUGAUUGUUGAUAGAUGGGGGAAAGAUUGUAUACCGAAUGUGGUUUUCUAUAACACGCUUAUUGAUGGAUAUUUUAAGAAAGGUGAGGUUAAGAAGGCGUUUAUCUUGUUUAAAGAGCUUAAGUUAAAGGGCUUUUUGCCUGCUGUAACGACGUAUGGAGCAAUGAUUAAUGGUUUUUGUAAGGAAGGGAAUUUUAGUAUGGUAGAGAGGCUUAUGAAUGAAAUGAAGUCGAGAGGGUUGUUGAUAAAUGUCAAGGUCUACAAUAGUGUUAUUGAUGCUCAAUGUAGGUUUGGUUGCAAAAUGAAAGCAGUUGAAAUGUUGAAAAACAUGAUUGAGAUUGGUUGUGCACCAGAUAUUGUUACGUAUAAUAUCUUGGUGUAUGAUGCUUGUAAGCAUGGGAAAGUUAAAGAAGCCGAGCAGCUUGUGGAUCAGGCUGCAAGAAGAGGGUUAAGGCCUAAUAAGUUAACAUAUACGCCUCUAAUUAACACUUAUUGUAGACAAAAUGAUUCUAACAAGGCAUUGGAUUUAUUUGUUAAGAUGAUAGAUAAUGGAGAAAAACCGGACCUACUAACUUAUAGUUCUCUUAUUCACGGGAUCGUUGUUAUUGGAGAGGUUGAAACCGCAACGAUGAUCUUGGAAAAGAUGACAGAAAGAGGAGUCUUUCCUGAUGCAGGGGUAUAUAAUGUUUUAAUAAAUGGCCUUUGCAAGAAAGGAAAACUUCCUGCUGCCAAGGAGUUGUUGUCUAAGAUGCUUGAUCAACAUGUUCCUCCUGAUAAGUUUGUUUAUGCAAGUUUAAUUGAUGGAUUUGUUAGGAACGCAGAGCUUGACGAGGCAAAGAAGCUCUUUCAGCAUGCAAUUCAAACGGGUGUGAAAGUUGAUGUAGUCGGGUAUAAUGCAAUGAUUAAAGGUUUUUGUAAAGACGGCAAGUUGAAAGAUGCAGUUUUGUGUGUCAAUACGAUGAUCAAAGCACAAAUGACUCCAGACGAGUUUACCUAUUCUACACUUAUAGAUGGAUAUGUAAAACAACAUGAUAUGGAUGGCGCGUUAGGGAUUUUUAGUCAUAUGAUAAAACAAAACUGUAAGCCAAACGUGGUUACAUAUACUUCUCUGAUUAACGGAUUCUGUCAAAAGGGAGAUAUAAUUGGUGCCAAAAAAUUACUCAAGGAGAUGAAAGGUCGCAGGUUAAUGCCUAAUGUGGUUACUUACAGUAUAUUAGUCGGAAGUUGUUGCAAAGAAGGUAAAUUAGCAAAAGCAGCUUCCUUUUUUGAAGAAAUGUUGAUGAGCAAGUGCAAUCCGAACGAUGUUACUUUUCAUUAUUUGGUGCAAGGCUUCUCAAAGUAUGAUAAAUAUACCGAGACUAACAAGGUGAAUAACUCAAUGUUUUUGGAUAUUCACAGCAGAAUGAUAGCAGAUGGUUGGUCUCCAAGGCUUGCUACAUAUGCUACUAUUGUUGUAUGUCUUUCUCUUCAUGGAAUGCUUGAUGAUUCGUUAAAAUUGAGUGGUAAGAUGGCGAUUAGGGAUGGGCCUGUUGUUUUUGCAGCCUUGCUAUAUGGUAUUUGCUUGGAAGGAAAGGGAAAAGAAUGGAAUAAUAUCAUAUCCUGUAAUUUCAAUGAAUCACAGUUGGUUAUUGCUGUAAAGUAUUUGUCAAUUUUUGAGCAGUAUCGCCCACAUGGGGUGAUUUCUGAUGUUUCGGCGAUUUUGCAGAUGUUGGUUAAUGAUUGCAAGUCCAAACAUCAUGAAGUAGUCAGCCUAUAAGUUUUACAUUAGCUAGACGAGAGAUAAAUCUGUUGUAAGUCACACACUGUACAUUGAACAUAUUGAUCACACAAUUGACUGGUUAUUGAUGCAAUAUAAUCAUUCAUAUAAAA